AUGUUUCCUUUGUCGCGUGGGACCGUCUUAAAUGAUUUCAUCUACUACAACCUAUUGAGACCGAGCCAACUGAACCCCUCCUCGACCUUCCAAGAUGACCUUCAACCAUCGAGUUCGGGUUCGAGCACGGCGGGUCUCAGCACCUUCCUGCUCAUCCUAUCCAACCUGUCCAAUCGUCCUUUGAGUGAUCAAUCCGUAGCUAGUGCGCCCGGAGGCAUCAUCAGCAGUGGGGUAGCUGCGGUGCAAGAAACGUUCGGACAGGUGGGUAGCAAUGUUCAGCAGGGUUUCAAUUCCGUUUUCCGACCUAACCAAGGCAAUGAGGCUUCGUCGAGUAACUGGAGCCCGGUUCGACCGAUAGGCAAUACAUCUUCGCCAUCCAAACCCUCUUUCUGUCCAUCCAACUGCACGAUGGUUUGUGGAAUGCCUCAGCAAAAAUCGGGAAGUGUCCGCGUCGUGGGAGGUGCCGAAGUGACUCCUUCCAACAAAUACCCCUGGCUGGCAUUGAUACAGUACUACGGGCGAAACGUUGGCACCGGAACCCUAGUGAACGAUCGUGUGGUACUUACUUCCGCCACGAUCGUGUCCAGUACGAUCAUUUUCAAGCAAAUCAAAGUAGUGUUCGGAGCGUUCGAUGCCAGCAGUGCAACGGAAACGGCGAGAAAGGAAUUUACAGUUACAAAAGCCAGAGUCCAUCCUCAGUACAGUGCUGACCACCCUAUGCGCAACAACAUAGGCUUUCUCCAGCUAGCGGUUCCGGUUACGAUCACCGACAGCUUCAUGCCCAUUUGCCUGCCCAGCAACGUGGAUACGUUUGCGGACACGAACGGCACGCUGGCGGGCUGGGGUGCUCGAGGGCUCGAUGGAGAACCGUGGAAAACUCUUCAAGAGGCUCAGAUUCCGCUGUACUCGUACGACGAAUGUCUCCUUGCCUACUCCAAUUCGACCGAGGACAACAUUUGUGGAGGUGUUUUCGAUCCGGCUCCGAAAGAUCAGCAUAGAACCUCAUGCACUGGCGACGGUGGCACUGGUCUAAUGUAUCCGUGGAAACACGAUCCGUCUAUUUUAACCUUAGUUGGUAUCGCUCUGGAAUUUCCGGAGUCUGGUUGUGGAAGAAUGAAUGAACCGGCACUUUUCACCAAAGUUUAUGGGUUUCUUCCAUGGUUGAAAAGUCAGGUAGCAGGCUGUAACUGCAAAGUGUAA